CGCUCGUCUAGAAUCCGCUUGGUCCGCGCUUCGGCGCAUCUAGACAACCGGCUGCGACGGCCGAUAAGGGCGAUCAGCGAGACGUCGAGACCGCCAUUCUAGGUUGCGUCGCGCACACCGCGGCCGUCUCUCGGCUGGAAUCGGCUAGUUCGCGACUUUUGUGUGCGGUGCAAGGAGACGGUGGGUAGGCAUUAUCCGCGGCAAGCAGGGUGCUUCUUCGGCGAGGAGUCGGCCGGAUGUUACGCCGGAGAUAGUGGUGGCGUGCGCGAGCACCCACCGUCAGCAGGGUAGCGCGACUGAAGAGGAGGAGUGAGAAGGGUGGCCGACGACGGUGGUGGUGAUCUACGGUGAUCUCCCGGUGAGAUAGAAAGAGAGGGGGCCCAGAGGGAGGGAGAAAGAGAGAGAGGGAGAGAGAGAGAGAGAGUACAUCGACGUGAACCUUGCCUCAUCGUGUGCACCCGGGCAGGUAAUUCUCGCAGUGGCUCGCGUCGUCGUCUUACCGGAGCGGUACGGACGACUCUCAGUGGUAGCAGUGAUUCCGCCUUCCGUCCGUGCAUCUGGCGUUCGUCUACGGGGGAGAAUCUGAUAGGCGCUUUCAUGGCGCGCGGCGGACACGACGGGGAUCGUGCGUGCGCCGCCAGCGAGGUACGAGACAGGACGAGCGACGUGAGAGGGCCGCACGAGUGAGCGAAAGAGCGAGCGAGCCGACAACACGCCGCCCGUGUGUCAGCAGGAGCAUCGGCCGAGAGAAAACGGCGGCGUACGCGCACACAGGCACGCACUCGAGUGCGUCACCGCCCAUAUGUGAUGUGUCCCGUGCGUGCGAGCGAAUGAGUAAUCAUGCACUGUCCGGACAAGGGCUCGACUGCCUCCAAGAGCAAAGAGGGGCCUGUGACAAUGCGGGAGAAAAAAGGUGGUGCUCUCAGCAGAGUACAAAAAUUAAAGAAACGUCUCAGUCACAGUUUCGGACGGCUUUCUAUAUCAAAAGAAGAGGCUGAUGAUGCUACAACUAGAGGCCAAUUACCGUACAAUGGCUAUUCUGAGGAGUUCCUAGACCGCUUGGAGCCAAAUGGCAAUAUACCUGCGGAUAAAGAUCGCCGUUAUGAAUGGACAGGUGUGGGCGAUCACGAGAGAGUGCACCGGCAGCUUUCCGUUUCUAGCGAUUCCAAGCUUCUCGACGACGACAUAAGGGAAGAAGCGAGGGUAAUCCUACGACCACGGCGUCCGCCGCGGCCCAAAUCUGAGGUUUUCCUCGGCCCGGACCCACCACCUAGAAGAACUAAACGAUUCUCCGCCUUUGGGGGAGAUUCGCCGUUCGGUAAAUCCGAAGCUUACAUAAAACUAGAGCAGUUAGGAGAGGGAUCAUAUGCCACAGUGUUCAAAGGCUACAGCCAUCUCACCAAUCAGGUGGUGGCUCUUAAAGAAAUUAGACUGCAAGAGGAGGAGGGGGCUCCGUUUACUGCCAUUCGCGAGGCGAGUCUCCUCAAAGAGCUGAAACACAGCAAUAUCGUGACUCUGCACGAUAUCAUUCAUACGCGCGAGACACUCACUUUCGUAUUCGAGUACGUUCACACCGACUUAUCGCAAUACAUGGAGAGGUACGGGAGCGGCAACGGCGGCUUGGAUCCGCGUAACGUGAAAUUGUUUCUCUUUCAAUUGUUACGGGGACUGGCGUACUGUCAUCGAAGGAGGGUACUGCACAGAGAUGUAAAGCCACAGAAUUUGUUAAUCAGCGAGAUAGGAGAGCUUAAAUUGGCAGACUUUGGGCUAGCAAGGGCCAAAUCCGUGCCAUCGCAUACAUACUCACACGAAGUCGUGACCUUGUGGUAUAGACCGCCCGACGUUCUUUUAGGUUCCACAGAGUACUCCACCUCGCUCGACAUGUGGGGAGUAGGUUGCAUAUUUGUGGAAAUGUUAACUGGCGAACCGACAUUCCCAGGUGUACGUUGUACGUACAACCAGCUCGAUAAAAUAUUUAGCGUGCUGGGCACACCUACCGAGGAGACUUGGCCCGGCGUAACGCAUCUGCCCGGGUACAAGGCGCACAGACUGUUAUUUUAUCCGCCGCGGAAGCUGGGCCUCUCGUUUCCACGUCUUUACGACAUCGCCGACGGCGACAGUAUGGCGUCGUCGCUCCUGCAACUGAAUCCUGAUCAGCGGAUAGGAGCGGAAGAAGCUUUACGACAUCCCUACUUUGCCUCUCUUCCUAGGAAAUUAUAUGAAUUACCUGACGAAGUGUCGAUAUUCAGCGUAGAAGGUUGUCACUUGUACACAAACUCGAGGCACGGGUGCGCAGACUCUCGUCACACGACUCUUAAGACUUGAGGUUAAAGUAAACGUUAAAGGAGUAAAUAAUAAGUAAAUUCGCAAUUUACACGUUGAGUGAUAAAACGUUCGUUUUCAUGAGAUCCAUAUAUUCACACGUACGUACACGGGAAGACAGACAGGCACCCACAAACAUACAUACACACACACAGGCGCACAUGCACUAUUCCCAGGCGCGUUGUUCGCUCUCUCUCAGGGCUGCUCCAUGAUUUCCCGCUGUUCUCUUCUUUUCACACGUACAGAAACUCGAUGUAAUGCUAUCUCGGCUAUUUACUGUUCGUAUGCAUCUUCACUAAUUGAUUUCAUGCCUCGUCCACGUGAAAACAAGGCAGCUUACUGAUGCGAGUAAAGCUAUGUAGUCUCUUUCGAGCGUCUACUCUGUCGGUUCCAUGUAUGCAAGUAGCACUUGACACUGACUUGAUGUAGUGCCAUCUUCUUCGUUUUUACGAAUAUCCACGUUGCACUAGUGAUACACAGAUAGUAUCACUGGUUACGUUGAGAAAACAAUGUAGUUAUGUUUUUUCAAUGCAAUUACGCUUUUUUUUUUUUCAUUUUCAAUCUAUUUGUAACCACUCCUGUAGUAUUUUUGUUUAAAUAGUAGUAUACUUCUUCCUAAACAUUUUCGAAUUUGUAACCAGUGGAGAACGCUAAAUUCAUUUAGCAUGGUUGGUUAACAAGAUACCAGAUCUAUCGUAACUUAAAAGUCGCCCUGAUUUAAAGAUUCGACAUUAAAUUAAACAUCUUAAUUGGUGCCAUUUUUGAAAGUUGCAAAUUGAAAAACUUCGAACCUUUACGAUUCUACAAGUCUGGCAUUACAUCGAGCUUUCGCCGCAAUAGCAAUAUUCUCUUUCUUUUUAUUUUUUCUUUCCGAGGAUAUACUUAUCGAGUAUAAAUUAACCCAUUUCGUUCCUCUGUUUCUAUAUAGGAAAGCCAAAUUUUUUCAUCUUCCAAAAUCUUUUCAUCUAUGAUAAAGGUAGAUUCUGGCCCAGAUCUUGAUACCGAAAUCUAGUUUGGACUUUUGCCUUUCGGGAAAUAAUUUGGCCGCCUGGCCACCACCUAUCACUCUACCGGCGGUAGGUGGAGUGGAAAAAAAUAACCUUACGAAACACACCUUUUUAAUUAAUUAAUUAAAAACAGUAAUAACUAAAAAAUCGAAAAAAAAAACAAUGGGAUAUUGUUGCAAAAAAUUCAAAUUGUCGGAAAUGACGAUUCCAGUUAUAAUAUGAUUCACCAGGUGUACGCCAAGUGUCACUCAAGGUAAAUGACUAUUUUCCGGGGAAAACGGCUGGUCAGAAAAUUCCGAUUUUAGAUUUUCUGAGUUCCUUGGGUCCCAAUUACUCGAAAACGGUACUUUGAUCUCAUGGAUAUUUCUCAAUAUUUUUGCGACUCGUCCCGAAAUGGGUUAAUUAACGGAAGUAAAUCGCGUAAACUGGUCAAGGAAAAACAAGAAAGUAAAAAGCUUACGGCUAAAGGUAAAAAGGAGAAAAAAAAAAUGAAAAAAAGAUUAUAAGGAUUUCGCACGCUCGAUUUAGGAAGCAAAAGCACGCACGACCCAUCCUCGCACUUCGUCCAAAUACUAGAGUUAGAUCGAAUACCAAUCAAAAGGGGAAGAAAAAAAGGAGAGGAAGUACCGUACCGCCGCCCCACGCCUCCCGAUCCCAGCCCAAGCCAAGUGGGGCGAGGCGGUCGCUGGUUAGCAAAACUAUUACUACGAAGUAAUUACUACUAUCUUAGAAAAAUUGUGGAAGACCUGUAGCACUCUAUAUAAACAAAUUGUUACCGCUGUCUCGAGCACGAUGUUGGUCGCUAGGACAGUUGAUAGAAUAUUGAUAGAUCAAAUAGGGAAACGUUGUUUGAAUUAAAUUAAUUGUUAGACACGUUACACAACACGACGAUAGCGAAUAGGUAGCGACGAAAACUUAGGGGAGAACAGGCCAGCGUUAUUCAGUAUUAGUCAAGUGUCCGUAGCUGCCGACAUCGCGAUACGCAGCGAGAAAAACUAACUGAAAGCUCAUCGUUGAUAGUACCGACGGUAGUGAUCUAGACGUAAGUGAUUAGACAUUAGCUCGUAUUUAAUAUCGAUCGAAGUUUAUCGACUACGUCGCAAAAUGUAGUAUAAUUGAUAGCGAAUCGAGAGAAAGGGGGAAUGCGAGCGAGAGAGAGAGAGAGAGAGAGGAAGAGAGAGGAAAAAGAAAACGGGAUAGCGAUUCCAGACUCGUCGAAAUUUCAUUUGUUCAAUUCGCUGUUAAUUAAUAUCGACAGCCAAAUGGUGCUCGACAUCGUAAACUGUGACGUGUUUAGGUCGAUCCGUACUCGUGAUGUAGAGAAUAAUCAUUUAACGAGUAUCCGUUCGAUUUUCUAAAACUGGAUAAAAAUAGCGUUGGCAAUAGUAGAAAUAGGGGGGAAAGAAACGCGAGAACAACGGCGUUACAGUUCUUCCAAAUUUUGUCUAAGCUGCGAUGGACUAUUGCGAUAAUAUUACUCCUUUUCGUAGGUUUACAUUUAUACCAAUUUUUCAGCACACUUAUUAAAACAAAAAAAAAUUAAAAUAUAUAUCAACGAGGUGAAAGUAAGAGAGAAAGAGAGAGAGAGAGGGGAGGGGAGGGAGGGAGGAAGAUAAAGAGAGGAGAGAGGAAAUUUCGAAAAGAUUUGAAAUACCUUAUUACUAUUACCGAUUAUUAUGUUUUAUUUCGAAAGGGAAGAAAAAAACGCGCAAGCGGUAAAUUGUACAUAGAAUUAGCAGGUUCGUAUUAUCGAUGAUGCUGAAAUAGCUAAUGCGAGAUAAUAAAUGUGACUUUGUAAUAAAUUUAAACGUAUGGUACUCUGGACCCCGUUCAUCUCCGUAACCCGGCAGUGGUAUUACAGAGCUGGGCGUAGUAUCCCGAAAAAAAAAAUUGCACUUCGAAUUACAAUCGUACGAACGAUAAUUAUGAUAAUUAUAGAAGUAUACGUUUUCGAAUUACUUCCUGAGACAACAUGUCAGACGCUAGAAAUAUGCAUUUUUUCGAUACGAAUUUAAAGAUUUCUUCACACUCGGAGAAAUGACUUGGUAAUAGCAGCUAAAUCUUAUUAGCUGGUUCGAACUUGCCGUCAUUGCUGAAAGUUGGUUAUUAGAGGUAAAAUGCUGCAACUUUAUUAACUGAAAUUAUUAGCACGAAUAGCCAAAAUUGAUUGGCUGUGCUGGUUAUGUCAUAUAUAAACAAUAUAAAAGACGUUUAUAUCAAUCGACGAAGUGAUUGAGUAUCUAAGAUGAUUAAUUCACGAUCCAAAAGUCUCGGAUUCAAGUCCAUCGAAUUAGCAUUAAAUAUAGCAUUAAGUCGAGUAAAUCGGCUAAAUUUCAAGCAAAAUUAGCAUAUAUUAACACUUUAAGAGCAAUUUCUGUUAAAAAAAAAAAAUAAAUUUCUAAUCGGCAAAGUAUGAUUUUAGUACUAUUGUACAAUUUAGCAAUAUUUUUUUCUGUAGCUCCUAAAUUUAAACAGCCGACAAAUUUAGCUGCGGUAGCGACAUUAGCUGUCCUUAUUUCAAGGACACAUUUUAACUACCACAGCUAGAUUUUAGCUCCUAUGGCUAAUUCUUUCUCUGAGUGUAUAAAAAAAAAGAACGCAAAUAAGCUACGAUAAAUGACAACUUACAACGAAAGCCAAGAUUCAGAAUAAUAUCAAACUUUUUGUAUAAAUAUUUCCUUUUUCGUUAUUCACAAGGUGAUAACUCUCAUUUUCCUACUUGGUUUCUGUCGGGUAAAAAGCUUCUCUUUCUUUUCUGUUACUGUAAAUAGCUGUAAUAGUCUUAGUACAUUGAAUUUACAUCUCUAUUAUCAAUAUAAUGAUAAUUGCGAUAUAUAAUGUAGCAUUAUCGAGAAUGUAUUCCUCACUAUUUUGAUGCAGCUCGCGUUAUCGUUUGUAUAAAGUUAAGUUUAAGAGAGUUACUUGUUCAGUAAGAUUCUUCGCAUUUUUUUAUUCUGCCAUUUUGUGAAGAGUGAGCGCAUUUACAGCGUAAAUUAAAUAUGAUAAUAUACGGUAAUCGUAAGUGUUACUUUCUAUAUUUAUGAAAAAUUCGUGUAGAUCGUCUAUUAUUUUUUUAGAGACGAAAUGGUGCUAAAGUCUUUUUAUUCUGUAUUGCAAAAUCUUGUCUCACGCUAUACUGAUCACUAAAAGUUAGCGGUACUUGACUGUUUUGUAUUUUGUGACAAAAUAUGGAAAAUGUGCAAGAAUAUGCUGGAAGAACAAUUGUAUUCCAGAUGCAGGAAGUAAACUUCUAAAUUGGUUUUUAAAAACGACGGGAGAUAAAAAUCGUAUUUUGUACCAUGAAUAUUGUAAUUUGCAUUGUAUAUAUAUGAUAAUAUUUCUAUCUUUCGUACCGAUAUGUAUGUAUGCGUGCGUGCGUGUGCGUUGGAUAUGAGUUGUGUGCGUGUGUGUACUUGAUAUUACGUCUCUAGUUCUGGUGAUACAAUGAAAUCCUUUGAUUUCAUAUCGGACGCAUUUAUUUUUUUUUUUUAAUAUACGUUUGACUUUAUUUUUUGAUAUUUGAUGUAUAUCUGACGAAAAUGGAAAAAUUUUUUUUUUUUUUACUAACGAGCAUCGAUUUUCUGAUAUAAAGUAGAAAAAGUACCAAAAAUUCACGCAGAUCAUAGAAACCUCGUCGUAUUUCUCACACAUCUAAUGAACAAAUUUACACCGGCAUCAUACCACUGCCGAGUUAAGCGUUUACCAUACAAACGGCGUUUCGUUUAAUUUUGUAGAAUUGUCGUGAGAGAAAAAAAGAAGAAAAUUGUAAUUUUAAUACAUGUACUUACGUUGUGCCUAGGUGACCCGAUUUUGUACGCACGUAACGUCCAAUCUGUACAUUUUAUUUGCGUAAACUUUUUAUACGAAGGAUUCGCCGAUAUAUCCAAGCCACAUGCGGAAUUGUGUAACGGGAGAGUUAAAGGGGAAGAAGAAACGAUGAGAGGGAAUUCUGUUUUCACACGUACACCUUGCGUUCGAAAGUGAUUUUUCGACACCUCACGUCGUUGCGAACAUGUGGUGUUGCACAUGUCCGACGUUUAGAUCGAUUGAUCGAUUCCGGGCUCAUCAGGUGCCCCGGAAGCAUUAAGUUGAACGUAUUGUGCCUGUGCUACAAAUAUUUGAAAUAAUAAAGAUACAACUCGCUAUUAA